GAACUACAAGCUCCAUAAUGCUCUAGGCAAAAAGUAUUCUCCCAUGGAGCCAAGAUGGCAGACACAGGAACCGGUGGCUGCAAUAGCUCAGGCACGCGGUCAGGUGGCAAACACUCAACAACCCCGGCAGACAAUUACUAUUUGGCUCGAAGAAGGACCCUCCAAGUGGUGGUCAGUUCACUACUGACAGAAGCUGGGUUUGAGAGUGCUGAGAAGGCUGCUGUAGAAACCAUGACAGAGAUGAUCCAAAGUUAUAUUUCAGAAAUAGGAAGGAGUGCAAAAUCUUUCUGUGAACAUACUGCGAGGACUCAGCCAACCCUUUCUGAUAUUGUUGUGACCUUAGUAGAAAUGGGAUUUAAUGUGGAAACCCUGCCUGCUUAUGCCAAACGGUCCCAGCGGAUGGUGAUCACUGCACCUCCUGUAACUAAUCAGCCUGUGGCCCCAAAAGCCCUGACAGCUGGACAAAACAAGCCUCACCCAUCCCACAUCCCAGGUCAUUUUCCAGAAUUCCCAGAUCCUCACACUUACAUCAAGACACCGACUUACCGGGAGCCUGUCCUGGAUUACCAGAUCCUACGAGAAAAGGCUGCCUCCCAGAGACGAGAUGUUGAAAGAGCUUUGACCCGCUUCAUGGCAAAGACAGGAGAGACACAGAGUCUUUUCAAGGAUGAUGUCAGCACCUUCCCUUUGAUAGCUGCCAGGCCUUUUGCAAUACCCUACUUGACUGCUCUGCUUCCCUCCGAAUUGGAAAUGCAGCAGAUGGAGGAGACAGAUUCAUCCGAACAAGAUGAUCAAACAGACACAGAGAAUCUCCCCAUUCAUGUGAGCACGGAUGACUCAGGAGCUGAGAAAGAGAAUGCAUCAGUACUACAGCACAACACAUCCAUGACGGGCAGCCGAAAUGGAGAGGAGAACAUGAUAGACAAUCCCUACCUCCGCCCAGUGAAGAAACCUAAGAUCCGCAGGAAGAAGUGAACUGGGGCAAUCUGACAGGAUGGACUAAAUUAGAGACAGCCAUGGGCCCUUCAGUGGUCCCUGUGCUGAUGUGGCACAGGAAAGGCGGAAAUGUACUGUGGGCUGAUGGACAGAUGGCUAGCUGGUCUCUUCAAUUGGAACUUUUUUCUGUUAGUGGUUUGUUAUAAGUUAAGCAAAAGGCUUGAAAGCAUGGAAGGCCAUUUAUAUUGACAUGUAGUCAACAUGCUGCAGCUUGUGGUAACUGCAGCAUCUUUUCAUUCUUCAGGUGAACUUUUUUUCUAAGGGUUGCAGACAAAACUACAGACACUGCAGAAUUCUUCCUUCCAUUUUGCUAGGCAUCAAGCAACCAUAGGACUCUUGUCCUUUCUUUUCAAACCAUCUGCCUUUUGUUUAUGUUACAGUCCCUGUGAUUCAGACUGUGCUAAAUAUGGUGGGUUUGGAUGAGACAUGCAUGGUCUAGUGAGCUGGUUAGAUACCAACAGUUGUGCCUUAGCAAAAACUGAGGCUGCAUAAUUCUGAGCUUUCUCAAGGACUGUGUUUACUUGGAGCUGCAGUGGUGGUUUGAGCUGCUAGGAGAACUGCGAGAGGAAAUAAAGCAGUAGCUUGAUUACAAGAAAAACUUUCUACCAGGACUACCAGUGACUAUGCUUGAAAGCAAAUUCUAGAAGAUGUCCACUUAAAAUGCAGUUAUAUUUCAGUAGAUUGGUUGUGGCUGUUCUGCCCUUGACUGGCUAAGAAUUCCUUGUGAGCUUUUGAAUUUUGCAUCUGCACUUUAUGACUCAGAGUCUUAGAUUUCAGCUCUCUUUAGGUCUGCAGUGCUAAUAUUUUGCAGUAUUUUGACUUUCCUCUUGCAAAGAUUCUGUUCUUCAUGAAUGUGAAGAAAGGAGAACAAACAAACCCUGACCAGGUGAAUCUUCAAAUGUCUUUAUAUGGUAUGUCAUCUUUUAAAGGAAUACAGCUUUUUCUUACUGGCAAAAAAGUGUAGUGGCUUUAACCAUAGGCUGAAGUGCAGAGCUACAGGGAGCACUUUUCUACACAUUCUAAUGGUUGCAGCUGCAUCUCAACUAGGAAGUUUUUUUAUUCUGUCUCACCAGCACUCUGAAGAUUAUCCCUGCAACAGCUGCUGUUUCCUGGAUUCUGUAGUUUUGACAUCAACAGUGCUCAGAAUCCUUAGAUGAAAACAAGUCAUGGCUCAAAAGCUCAUAGUAGAUCUGUAAAAGAUGGACACACAGUCCUUGUAGCCCACCAGUAUUUUUGCUUAUUUCCCAUAUGAAAUGUAGGGUAUGCACUUGACUAAUAUUCACAGAAAGUGGUGGGAAAAGGACCGUUUCUAACAUGAUCUUGGAGUUUCCCUGUUAGAAACUGAGGCCAGUCCAUUCCACUACUGUUUCCCUUCUAAACAUAGGAAUUUUGGGGAUGGGGUGGGGUCUAAACAUUAAAAUUUCAGAAGACAUACAAGAUCACCUUGAACAAGCUUCUGUCUGUACUUAUGGUCAGAAAUGCUUUCCUAAAAACACAUUUUAGCUAUAAACUACUUGUCUGAAAAUGUUCCAAAAGAAGUAGUGUGGUGCUUUGCGGAAAGUUAAAACUUCUGGACCCAACUUGCUCCUUUAAAAAAAAAGGGGGGGGGUUCCCCCUUCCUCAGUCAGAGAAAUCUUUUGGUCUUAAGAAUCAUCACAAUACUGUGUUUAUGACCUGCAGAUUGCUAUACCAUCUGAAGUAGCUGAGAAGGAGAAAGGACAAUAUUUUGCAUGUUUCCUCUUCCAUACAAAGAAGGAACAAUAUUUUGCAAUUUUUUUCUCUCCAAAGGUUCUGGUUCGUUUUCCAAAUAAAAUUGUAAUUCUGAUGAAACUAGAAGGAAAUAAGAGUGGAAGGGCUGCCUGAAGAGCACAUCCUACAAUGGAUGUUUUCUGAUCCUCCAGGCCAAGUUUAGGGACUCGAGAACAAACUGUGGGGCUCAUGCACUGGUUUGCCUCCAAACAAAUAUUUGAAACCAUGAUUUAGAGGUAGUCCUGCUUGGAGGUAAAUGCAGUCUAAAGUAUUGUCUGAAUGGAACAAAUGUAGUAUGGAAAAGCAUCUGAUUUGUGUCAGCUGAUCUGCUGUGAAACUGCUGCUCAUUAUGGUGAGGUUCAGGCUUCUCUACUACAUGUUGCAAACCCUAACCUUUCCCCUCCUCCCUUCCUUGGACUACCUCUAGGAGUAACUGCAGUGCAGUGUAGUUGAAAACAAGGGCCACGUCAUUUUGUGCUUAGUUUCCCCCCUGCAGGGUUUACAUUUUUACAAAAUGCAGCCAUAAUGACUGCAAGUUGAAGCAGAAGAGCAGUGAAGUGGGAGGGGAAGCAUCUUUAACCUUUUCAGUUCAGUGGAACUUACAAAAAGCCCUAAUACCUUUGAGGGGGUAGAUAUAACAGUUACACAAAAUGUGUAAUUUUAGUUAGUUAAUUUACCUUUAUUGGCAUUACAGAUAAAAGUUUACAGUAGAUAGAGUUCAGCAUAGAAUGAGUCAUAGAUUAAAAUCAUUCAAAAUGUGUAAUUUGGGGAGGUGGCUCUUAAUUCCCCUGGCUUCUCCUACCUUGCAUGUGUUUUAAAAUACAUUUCUUGUGUUCAGUCUACUGUUUGACCUAGCAUCAAAUUACAGUUACAGUCCUUUGUCCCUUUAAGCUGAGAGUGCAUUGUUUCUUUUUCUCACUGGUGAUCAGUGCUAAACACAGCUCAGUGAUAGCCAUUGGCACUGCAGCAUUGCCAAGAAGCUGCUAAACCAGAAUAUUCAAGUGGGUUUAAAUUGGUGGUUCCAUUUUAUGGGAGAGAUCCAAAGUGUAUUUUUAUCUUAGCAGAUGAGAAGGAGCUGUCAUAAUUUGGUCUGGCUUUAGAUCCUAGGAAAGGCCUGCACAGGGAGACUGCUUGAAUCUGAUGUUUGCUAAAUAUUUGUUCCUGUUCAGUAUUAAUCCAAUUUAGCCACAGGCAGCACUAGAAGGAAGGGCUUAGUCUUUUCAAAUAUUAACUGCCUGUGGAGCCAUGAAAACAAUUGUCCUGUGGCUUUGCCAACUUUGAAAUGAGUCCUUUGUGGUCCAUUCACCCACUUGUGCAUAUGAAGUAUGCUGUACUUUUUGUGUUCUAUUGGGGUGUGGUUGUAGCACCCUCAUAAUACACAUGCUGAAUGUUACAGAUUCCCUGCAUAGCUGUACACCUAUCUCCUCUCCUCAAGGUGAACCUGUAUGCAAUAGUCUGCUAGACUGUACUUUCAUUAUGUAGAUUCUCUGUUAGUUCUCCACUCUUCCAGCUCAUCAUACGCCACCGUGUGACAUAUUAGAGAAUCUUGGAUGUUCUCUGGAUGAGGCUGUUCAUUGGCUUUGCUUAAAUGCGGAUUUUAUUCCUGUUAGCACUAUCUCUUCUCAAUCUUCUUGUAACUUUAAGCCAAUUUUCAUUUUCUUUGCUAUUUUAUAAUACUCUGUUGAUGGAAGAAGCAGAGUAAUUGGAUUGAUGUCUCAUUCACCUUGUGCCUAGUUUGAGGGGUCUAAAUGGUAUUCAGAAAUCUUGUCAAGCUGGCCUGUACUCAUAUUAUUGUAAGCUGCUGAUAAUCAUCCUUCUGUUGGAUCAGUUGUGGCAAGAAUGCUUUUUGCUGUUUAAAAAAAAUCCUUGCACAGGGAGAACUUGAAAGACCAGGUGUAAAACAUUAUCUUUGGCCAAAAGAUUCUAAACAUGCUGUUGUUAAUCAUGCUAAUGUACUUGUGUAAAAAUGUGAAUACAGACAAUUGUAUAUAUUUAUACAUUUAUAUAUAUUUUGGUCACAGGUUAGAUUUUUUUAAACAAUUUUAAAAAUGGAGGUUUGGUACAACGAGCAAGGUACAGUGAAAAUAGUUUAUUUUUUUCAGUUCAUAAUAAAAUUGUGCCUGCAUAAACUAAA